AUGAGCGUUAAGAUAUUAAGAUUACAUCAGCGAUACUUUGCUGCCGUGCUCAUUACAACGACCAUUAUCCUCGUCUAUGCAUACCUACCCCCCGAUCCAGAGCCCCCAGAUCUAUCACGAGGUAUUCUGGCACCGAAAUCAAAGCCCGUUAUUGUCCAGCCGGGCGGCGGUAUAGGUAAUCAGCUAUUCCAAUUUGCGGCCGCUUAUUCUUUGGCAAAACGGAGAAAUUCCGAUCUGUACAUUUGCGUGCCUAGCAACUGGGAAAGUUCCAUGGACAGUGAGUUUUUGUUGAAAUUCUACGCGACGGAUCGAUCAUAUCUGUUGUCGGCAUUUAACAUAUUGUAUCAACAAACUGUCAUCGGGACUGAAACUGGUUGCAAAGAAAUGGCUGAUCUCGCUGGUGUGAAUGCGACGGAAAAGUGGUACGUGAAUGAAAGAACGAUUUUGGAUAUUGGCAAUAUACCCAAGGAUCAAGUGGUGCAUGUGGAUGGUUGUCUCGAGUCGGAAAUAUUUUUCAAACCGUUUGAAAGCGAAGUCAUUCGUCAGUUUUCGUUGAAAAAUCACGUCAGGGAAAUGGUGGACCAAUCGAUUAAGGAUUUCGCUUCGAUCAUAUUGUCCACGGACAGUGUAGCCAUUCACAUAAGACGAGGCGAUUUUAUUUGGGAGAAUCGAUUAAUUCCGAUAUCGUAUUACGAGGCAGCCAUUAAGAGGAUGAAAAUUGAAAUGGCCAAAAUUGGUGCAACGACGGACAUAACAUUCUUUGUAUUUUCCGAUGAUAUUGACGCAGUGAAAACGGAUUUUCGAAAUAUGACCGAAAAUUUUGUCUUCGUUUCGAAUAAGGGCUUGUCGCGAGUGGCUGACUUUGUGUUGAUGACAAUGUGCAAGCACUUGAUUGUUGCUAACAGUACGUUUAGUUGGUGGGCGGCCUACCUAAACGGCAAUGAGAAGAAAAUUAUUAUUGCGCCGUUGCCCAAGUUUCCGAAAGAUUUUUAUGAAAGUCAACGUUUUGACGAAUUUUAUAUGCAAAUUUAUGGUGGAAAUUUAACGUAUCCAGACAAAUGGAUUACUGUUGAUCCGUUUAAUAAUUAG